AUGUCGAGUACCAGGCAACUUUACUACUUCAUCGACACUACCUGUGAUAGCAAUGCCCGGAAUGCUACACGAGGCAACAGGUCCUUUGACUUCUUCGUCCGGGCUGCUCAGCGUUGGGCCCGGCGCGCAGUGGAGAGACUGCGAGACAACAACGAUACCGACUUUGCUCGUGUCUUCAACGUGAUUUUCAAGACCCGCAAGAACGACCGCACCCCAUUGCCACGCUCACACAGAUGGCAGAGCCGCUUCGGCUACCAAGAUGACCGCGACUGGGUACCGACCAUCGACCACGUUAUCAGAGUCUUGUCUGACUUUGGAGACAACUGGAGGAGGACCGAAAACAGGCAGGAAGCUAGCCUGAGGUUCUUCUCGGACAACCGCAGGAGGUGGCUGGAUGGAGGCCGUGAUCCUGUGAGACAGCAGGAUAGACGCUACGAUCCUGUAAAUCAUGUGUGGUACGCGGGAAACGUGGCUGCGCUAGACCACGGACAAGCGGUUGGGUUCGAUGGUAUUCCAGGGUCAGAGCAGUUCCCACAUUUCAAUCCCGACAUGCGGCAGCAUGCACGACGGGAGAACUCGAGAAGAUACGUGAUCGAUAUCAACAACAAUGCUUGGAACGAAUUUCGUGAUUGGUCAAAUGUUCUUGGAACACGUGGAGCCAGUUUCAACAAUGUCACGAUCAACGACAUUAUUUCGAGUUCCAUGACACGGUUGAUUCUUCACGAAGUCAUGCAUUGCCUCCCGUACUACCUGGACGAUAUCCCAACUCGGUUUCCUGAUGGGGCUACUGAAACCUCGAGCUGGCAAGCCGUCAUGAACUGCAAGAAGGGCGAUGCGCAUCGCAACGCCGAGUCCAUCGCGCUGCUCGGCGUCUGGGCGGCCCUUGCUGACACGACACCCCAAGGGAGGAACGCCGGAGGCUUCACGCUGGAUCGAGCAUGGGAUGUAAUUCCUGGGGCAUGGGAGGAUGUCAAGAAUGACUUUGACGAUGAGGAGCUGGACGAGGAAGAGCGGGGAGUAAGCACUUGGACGGAAAAGUGGACACUCCAACUGCCGUAUGUAGGCAACCGGGUCAACCGGGCUGUGAGAGGAGACAUUCGAGGCUAUUUGGACAUCACGGGGAGGAGACGUUGA